AUGGAAGAUCAUCAAUCUGAAGCAGAUAGUCUUGUGGAAGUGAAACAAGAGCUCAUAGUUACACCUAGUAAUGGGAACCCAUUAUACAGAAAAGCCCAUUUUCUUAAACCUAUUUUCACUCAAGAUCAUCCACAUCUUCCUCCCUCACCUACUGCCCUGUUUGCCUCAAAACCCACUUAUAAGAAUCUUGAAAAUUGCACUUUGCAGUCUUACAAGGGCUUCUCACACCCAAUGGACUUGGAAAAAUGGAAGCUUUGGGUGCAGAAAUUAAAGCCAAAAUAUGAAGAUAUAUGGAAGAAAGCUGGUAUUUAUGGAGCAAUCUUAGCUUCAAUCUACACUGUUCCUAAAGACAAGAAGCUGAUCAUUUGCCUUGCUGAGAGGUGGUGUGUUGAUACAAACACCUUUGUGUUUUCAUGGGGUGAGGUAACUGUUACUUUAGAAGAUAUUAUACACAUGGGAUGCUUUUCUGUUCUAGGUGCUUCAGUUUUAAGUCCUUUAGAUCAUGAUUGUAGUGAAAUUUUCAAGAGUUUGAAAUACCAUCUUAAGAAAAUUAAAUUAGGUCAUUGUAACAAUGCCCUUUCUCAUGUGUGGAUGGAUUACUUUAUUAGCAGUGGUGAUCAGUUAGAGCAUGAAGCAUUUCUUGUGCUCUGGCUGUCUAAAUUUGUUCUUGUUCGGUCCCAGAUAGCUGUAUGGGAUUUUCGUGUUGCUAUACAUCUUUCUCGAGGCAAAAGAAUAGCUCUAGCACCAGUUGUCCUGGCCUGCAUCUAUAGAGAUAUGAGGCUGUUGCAUAACUUGAUUCUUAGGUCCUUUAUAGUAAAAUCUAGAUUUGGUUUGAAGUAUAAUAUUUGUCACUACGAUUUAGUGCAGAUGUGGGUUUGGGAGAGGUUUAUACAAUUGAGGCCGUUUGUCAAUAUCAUAGGAAGUGGAGAGCCUAGAUCAGCAAGGUGGAAUAGAGUUGUAAUCUUGAAGGUUAAUGAUGUGAGGACAGUGUUAGACUCUGCUAGUUUAUCAUUUGUGUGGCGGCCUUAUGCUCUAGGUUCAAGCAAUAAUAUGUUGAGUAAUAUGUACAAGGACACUGAACAGUGGGUUAUCGUUGAGUCUGAUGCAGUGGAAUCGUAUGCUCGAUGCUUGAGAGCUUCUGAGUUAGUUGGAUCAGGCUCUAAAGAACAGUAUCUUCCCCACAGAGUGGCUAGGCAAUUUGGAUUAGACCAAGAUGUUCCUUCCCAUGUUUUUCAAUCCACUGAGAGUGCUCCAAUUACUUGGAACAGUUACGGUGAGCCUAUUAGAGGUGUGGAACUAUAUAUUCCACCACGACACUUUGAGUCUGGUGUCUCAUCCCGGUAUGUGUUAUGGUGGAGGGGCCUUGUGGCGGUCAAUGAGGAAAUAGUGACAAACAGCGUCCAAAUUGAAAAGCAAUUACCACCAGUUUCUGGCAUACAAAAGAGAGAUGGAAAUUCAUUACCUGCUUCUGCUACUCUUUCUGGUAAUCUUGAGGAAACACCAGAGGUUUAUGUUGCAGAGGACGGUCUUACAAAUAGUGAUCAACACACGAGGAAAUCAAGAAAGACUGGAAACACUGGAAAAAUAGCUGACCCUGAUCACGAACCAGUAUUGAAUAGUUCAGAUGAUGCUGAAGAAGACAGUCUGACAAUUGCACAACUUCUAAAUCAAUCUGGAAGGGAAAAUAGUUUUGAGAAAGUAAAUGAUACUGCUGGUGAUGAGCUGCUACUGAACAAUUUUACCCUGGAAUUCCCCCAAAAUUUAAACUACACAAGUAAAGCGGUGGAAUUUCCUGUGCAGAUUACGUCUUCAACAGAUAAGUUUGAGAAGAGUAAAUCAUCUGCCGAAAAACAAACUGAAGUAAGGGAAGAUACAGUUGUGAGUAGGAAUUUAAGGUUUGCCAGUGAACCUGCGGAAAUGUGUGUGCACAGUAUCCCUAAUUCAGAUAAGCUUAAGAAUGGUCAAAUUUCUAAGGAACGAGAAAUAGCACGACAAGAAGAUGCAGUUAGAAAUCCAGAGGAUAGCAUUACCAAUAUUGAAGAAGAAAAUUGUGAGGAAAGUAACUCAGAAUUGCAACACCGGAGACUUGAGGCUCGUAUUUGGAGGCUUGAAACAAUUUUCAAGAUGAUGAAAGCAGCAAAAUUCGCUGGAACUUGUAGAGGAAAUGAAGAGAAAUAG